UAUAACCCUACUUUUCCUUAGGCCAACGAUAAACGCAAUUAAAACGGCUAACUUACGAUAGCAAAAAAAUUGUUAUUUAAAUAAUGCUUUAGCUUUUAAAUAAAAUAUUAUAAGAACUUGCAAUGACUACUCCUCCAGCUGCAUUGGUAAACAAGAAUAAGAAGCAUUUUCUUGGUGUUCCAGCUCCUUUAGGUUAUGUUGCAGGUGUAGGAAGAGGUGCAACUGGCUUCACAACACGUUCUGAUAUCGGUCCGGCAAGAGAUGCCAACGACGUUUCAGAUGACAGACAUGCACCUCCUGCAGCAAAACGACCUAAAAAGAAAGAGGAAGAAGAAGAGGAUAAAGAUGAUGAAGAUUUAAAUGAUUCAAACUAUGAUGAAUUUAGUGGUUAUGGGGGCUCGCUAUUUGCCAAGGAUCCUUAUGAUAAAGAUGAUGCUGAAGCUGAUGCUAUAUAUGAGAGUAUUGAUAAAAGAAUGGACGAAAAGAGAAAAGAAUAUAGAGAAAAGCGUCUUAAACUAGAACUUGAAAGAUACAGACAGGAAAGGCCAAAAAUUCAGCAACAGUUCUCGGAUUUGAAAAGAGAUUUAGUCAAUGUUUCUGAAGAUGAGUGGAGAAGUGUGCCUGAUGUAGGAGAUGCUCGAAAUAGAAAACAAAGGAAUCCUAGGGCAGAGAAGUUUACACCAUUGCCUGAUAGUGUAUUGUCCAGGAAUUUGGGGGGUGACACAUCCAGCUCAAUAGAUCCAAACUCUGGUCUAGCCAGCAUGAUGCCAGGGGUCAGCACACCAGGAAUGUUAACACCAACUGGUGAUAUGGACUUGAGAAAAAUUGGACAAGCUAGGAACACCUUGAUGAAUGUAAAAUUGUCGCAAGUCUCUGAUUCAGUAACGGGUCAAACAGUUGUUGAUCCAAAAGGUUACUUAACAGAUCUUCAGUCCAUGAUUCCUACAUAUGGUGGUGAUAUUAAUGACAUAAAAAAGGCACGACUUCUAUUAAAGUCUGUCAGAGAAACCAACCCCAAUCACCCUCCUGCAUGGAUUGCUAGUGCCCGAUUAGAAGAAGUUACAGGUAAAAUACAAGCAGCAAGAAAUUUAAUAAUGAAAGGUUGCGAAACUAAUCUUCAAAGUGAAGAUUUGUGGUUGGAGGCGGCCCGUUUGCAGCCCCCUGACACCGCCAAAGCCGUUAUCGCCCAAGCUGCAAGGCAUAUACCGACAUCGGUUCGAAUCUGGAUUAAAGCUGCAGAUCUUGAAACGGAAAUAAAAGCGAAACGUCGUGUAUAUCGCAAAGCUUUGGAGCACAUUCCGAACUCUGUUAGGCUUUGGAAAGCGGCGGUGGAACUCGAGAACCCCGACGAUGCCCGAAUUUUACUCUCACGAGCUGUAGAAUGUUGUCCCACUGCUGUCGAAUUGUGGUUGGCUCUCGCAAAACUCGAAACGUAUGACAACGCAAGAAAAGUUCUGAACAAAGCCAGAGAAAAUGUACCGACAGACAAAUCUAUUUGGGUAACGGCCGCAAAACUCGAAGAAGCUCAUGGAAAUCAUCAUAUGGUGGAACGGAUCAUUGACAGGGCUUUGACUUCCUUAAGCGCAAAUGGUGUUGAAAUAAAUCGAGAACAUUGGUUCAAAGAAGCGAUAGAGAGCGAAAAAAGUGGUCACAUACACUGUUGUCGAGCCAUAGUGAAGAGCAUCAUUGCUUAUGGAAUUGAACCAGAAGACCAGAAGCAUACCUGGAUGGAAGACGCUGAAAAUUGCAUUACACAAGGUGCUUAUGAAUGUGCGCGCACAGUAUACAAUCACGCCCUAACCACAUUUGCUUCAAAGAAGUCCAUCUGGUUGAGAGCUGCUUAUCUUGAGAAAAACCAUGGGACAAGGGAUAGCUUGGAGGGACUCUUACAAAGAGCUGUGGCACAUUGUCCAAAAAGUGAGGUCUUAUGGUUAAUGGGAGCAAAAAGUAAAUGGUUGGCCGGUGAUGUCCCAGCAGCUAGAGGAAUUCUGUCAUUGGCCUUCCAGGCUAAUCCCAACAGCGAAGAAAUUUGGUUAGCCGCCGUGAAAUUAGAAUCGGAAAAUAACGAAUAUGAGAGGGCCAGAAGACUACUUGCCAAAGCUCGAGGCUCUGCUCCUACACCCAGGGUGAUGAUGAAAAGCGCAAAACUGGAAUGGGCCCUGAAUAACCUUGACGCAGCCCUUAAUUUGUUAGACGAGGCCCUAAAAGUUUUCCCUGACUUUCCCAAACUAUGGAUGAUGAUGGGACAAAUCUAUGAACAAAAACAAGAAGUGAGCAAAGCAUUUGACGCUUACAAUUCAGGGAUCAAGAAAUGUCCCAAUUCAAUACCGUUGUGGCUUUUAUUGUCCCGCCUUGAAGAAAAGCGAGGUCUUUUGACAAAGGCCAGAUCUGUACUUGAAAGGGCACGAUUGAAGAAUCCAAAAAACGAUAUUUUGUGGUUGGAAGCAAUUAGGGUCGAAAUUCGAGCAGGAAUGAAAGACAUCGCUAUGCCCAUGAUAGCAAAAGCUUUGCAAGAAUGUCCUGAUUCUGGUUACCUGUGGGCCGAAUCGAUUUUCCUAGAAAACAGGCCACAAAGGAAAGCAAAAUCGGUGGACGCUUUGAAAAAGUGUGAGCAUGAUCCACAUGUACUUUUGGCCGUAAGCAAACUCUUCUGGUCAGAAAGGAAAAUUACGAAAUGUCGCGAGUGGUUUCAACGCACUCUUAAAAUAGAACCAGAUUUAGGAGACGCGUGGGCCUACUGGUACCGUUUUGAACAGUUACACGGAACCCCCGAGCAACAGGCUGAAGUAAAACAGAGAUGCCUUGCAGCCGAACCUCAUCACGGAGAACUGUGGUGUUCGAUAUCGAAAAAUAUUAAGAAUUGGUGUUACAGCACAGAACAAAUCCUUCUUGCUACAACCAAGGAGGUACCCAUUCCCGUUUAAAGAGAUUUUGAGCAGAAAAUAAUCCACCAGAAUUCUUCACUUCUGCAGAACUUUGCGAGCAACCAAUAAAAAAACAUCUUAAAACGGUGUAGGAAAAACUACAUUUCCCCCCAAAACGAUUAAUUAAUUUCCCUUUGUCUAAUUGGUACAGAGUUGUUGUAAUUUUUAAAGAGAGUUCUAAAACGAAAAUGUUGGUUCUGUACUUUAGAUUUUACAAUUUAAUGGAAAUUAAUUUAUUGUGUUUUAAUUAAAUUACGUUUUUCCUUG